UUUUCGUUUUGGUCUUUUCCUGCUCAGUGCCCAACCCAAGUUCAAAGGCUGAUGAGAGAAAAUCUCAUGAGGAGGUUUUACUCUAGGGAAAGGUUGUUCAGUGGAUGUGAUCUUGGCUCACCAGGGAAGAUGUCAAGCUCCUUCUGGCUCCUUCUCAGCCUUAUUUCUGUCACUGCUGCUCAGUCCACCAUUGAGGAAGAGGCCAAGACAUUUUUGGACAAGUUUAACCAUGAAGCUGAAGAUUUGUAUUAUCAAAGUGCACUUGCUUCUUGGGAUUAUAACACCAACAUUACUGAAGAGAAUGUCCAAAAAAUGAAUGAUCAUGGGGCCAAAUGGUCUGCCUUUUACGAAGAACAGUCCAAGCUUGCCCAAACUUAUCCACUAGAAGAAAUUCAGAAUCUUACAGUCAAGCGUCAAUUGCAGGCCCUUCAGCAGAGUGGCUCUUCAGGGCUCUCAGCAGACAAGAGUAAACAGCUGAACACAAUUCUAAACACAAUGAGCAUCAUCUAUAGUACUGGGAAAGUUUGCAACCCAAAUAAUCCACAGGAUUGCUUAUUACUUGAACCAGGUUUGGACACAAUAAUGGCGAACAGUAGAGACUACAGUGAGAGGCUCUGGGCUUGGGAAGGCUGGAGAUCUGAGGUCGGCAAGCAGCUGAGGCCAUUAUAUGAAGAGUAUGUGGUCUUGAAAAACGAGAUGGCAAGAGCAAACAAUUAUGAGGACUAUGGGGAUUAUUGGAGAGCAAAUUAUGAAGCAGAGGGGGCAGAUGGCUAUAAUUAUAACCGCAGCCAAUUGAUUGAAGAUGUGGAAAGUACCUUUGCACAGAUCAAACCAUUAUAUGAACAUCUUCAUGCCUAUGUGAGGGCAAAGCUGAUGAAUGCCUACCCUUCCUAUAUCAGUCCAACUGGAUGCCUCCCUGCUCAUUUGCUUGGUGAUAUGUGGGGUAGAUUUUGGACAAAUUUGUACUCCUUGACAGUUCCCUUUGAACAGAAACCAAACAUAGAUGUUACUGAUGCAAUGGUGAGCCAGGCCUGGGAUGCAAAAAGAAUAUUCAAGGAGGCUGAGAAUUUCUUUGUGUCCGUUGGCCUUCCUAAUAUGACUCAAGGAUUUUGGGAAAACUCCAUGCUAACUGAGCCAGAAGAUGGCCGGAAAGUGAUCUGCCAUCCUACAGCUUGGGACCUGGGGAAGGGCGACUUCAGGAUCAAAAUGUGCACAAAGGUGACAAUGGACAACUUCCUGACAGCCCAUCAUGAGAUGGGGCACAUCCAGUAUGAUAUGGCAUAUGCCAUACAACCUUUCCUGCUAAGAGAUGGAGCUAAUGAAGGGUUCCAUGAAGCCGUUGGAGAAAUCAUGUCACUUUCUGCAGCUACACCUAAGCAUUUGAAAUCCAUUGGUCUUCUGCCAACGGAUUUUCAAGAAGACAAUGAAACAGAAAUAAACUUCCUGCUCAAACAAGCACUCACGAUUGUUGGAACUCUACCAUUUACUUACAUGUUAGAGAAGUGGAGGUGGAUGGUCUUUAAGGGUGAAAUUCCCAAAGAUCAGUGGAUGAAAAAGUGGUGGGAAAUGAAGCGAGAGAUAGUUGGGGUGGUGGAACCUGUGCCCCAUGAUGAAACAUACUGUGACCCCGCAUCUCUGUUCCAUGUUUCUAAUGAUUACUCAUUCAUCCGAUAUUACACAAGGACCAUUUAUCAAUUCCAGUUUCAGGAAGCCCUUUGUCAAGCAGCUAAACAUAAAGGCCCCUUGCACAGAUGUGACAUCUCAAAUUCCACCGAAGCUGGGCAGAAGCUGCUAAAUAUGCUGAGCCUUGGAAAAUCAGAACCCUGGACCUUAGCAUUGGAAAAUGUAGUAGGAGCAAGGAAUAUGAAUGUCACACCACUGCUCAACUACUUUGAGCCCUUGUUUACCUGGCUGAUAGACCAGAACAGGAAUUCUUUUGUGGGCUGGAACACCAACUGGAGUCCUUAUACUGACCAAAGCAUCAAAGUGAGGAUAAGCCUAAAAUCAGCUCUUGGAGAAGAAGCCUACGAAUGGAAUGACAAUGAAAUGUACUUGUUCCAGUCAUCUGUGGCAUAUGCCAUGAGGAAGUAUUUUUUAGAAGCCAAAAAUGAGACGGUUCCUUUUGGAGUGGAGGAUGUGUGGGUGAAUGAUUUGACACCAAGAAUCUCCUUCACCUUCUUUGUCACUGCACCUGACAAUGCGUCUGACAUUAUUCCUAGAACUGAAGUUGAAAAGGCCAUCAGCAAUAUGCUGAGCCUUGGAAAAUCAGAAUCCUGGACUUUAGCAUUGGAAAAUGUAGUAGGAGCAAGGAAUAUGAAUGUCACACCACUGCUCAACUACUUUGAGCCCUUGUUUACCUGGCUGAUAGACCAGAACAGGAAUUCUUUUGUGGGCUGGAACACCAACUGGAGUCCUUAUACUGACCAAAGCAUCAAAGUGAGGAUAAGCCUAAAAUCAGCUCUUGGAGAAGAAGCCUACGAAUGGAAUGACAAUGAAAUGUACUUGUUCCAGUCAUCUGUGGCAUAUGCCAUGAGGAAGUAUUUUUUAGAAGCCAAAAAUGAGACGGUUCCUUUUGGAGUGGAGGAUGUGUGGGUGAAUGAUUUGACACCAAGAAUCUCCUUCACCUUCUUUGUCACUGCACCUGACAAUGCGUCUGACAUUAUUCCUAGAACUGAAGUUGAAAAGGCCAUCAGGAUGUCUCGGAGCCGUAUCAAUGCUGCUUUUGGCCUGGAUGACAGUACCCUAGAGUUUGUGGGUAUUGAGUCUACACUUAGCCCUCCUUACGAGUCGUCUGUCAGCAUAUGGCUGAUUCCUUUUGGAAUCGUAGUGGGACUCACAGUGGUUGCCACUGUUGUCCUGAUCUUCACUGGGAUCAGAAAUCGAAAGAAGAAAAGUCAAGAAAGAAGUAAAGAAAAUCCUUAUUGCUCCGUGGACGUUAGUAGCGGAGAACAUAAUCUAGGAUUCCAAAACAGCGAUGAUAUUCAGACUUCUUUUUAGAAAAAUAUAUCUUUUUCCUUCUGAGGUGAUUUUAUUGUGUGCAAAUGUUAAUUUCAUAGCACAGAAAUAUGAGAUUAUAAAGAUGUCAUUAGAUAUCAAAACUAUGGCUCUGUUAGGAAAAGUUGUCCAAAGACAACACAGCUGAGGAGAAGGCACCUUCAUUGACACUGUUUUCAGUAUUUAUUUCUGUUUUAGGAUUUAACUUCUCUUCUGUUUCCUAAUAGGGAUGUUUAUAUUAGAGAAUAAAGUAUGUCUUUGGCCUCA